AUGGAAGACGGCGCACUCCUGUACGCCGCCCGGGACGGCAAUGAAGGUGAGGUCCGGGAGUUGCUGAACAGCGGGGCUGACGUCCAUCAACGAGACGAGGAAGGACGGACCCCCUUACUCCUAGCAGCAAGCCGGGGCCAUCGAGAAGUAGUCCGAAUCCUGCUCGAGGAAGAUGCUGAUAUCGAGGCGGCAGACAACGCCGGAAAUACAGCCUUGCUGUGGGCAACCAGAGGCCGACACACAAACGUCGUGCGCCUGUUGCUCCGGAAAGAAGCGGACAUUGAUGCCCCUGAUGAGACUGGGGAUACUGCUCUUCACGUCGCGACGAGAAUGGGCGAUGUCGCACUGGUAAUGAUGCUGAUAAAAUGGGGUGCGGAUAGGGAUGCGCUCAAUGAUGAAGGGAAUACGCCAUUCAUGUUAGCCAAGGAUGCGGGUUAUUUCAAGUUGUUGAAGGAAGUAGAAAAUGAUUCAUCGAAUGAAGAGGAUCUGUCUGAGGAUGAUCGGAGGGCUGACGCAGCGAAGAGGAAGCCUGAUGAAAAACGGAAGGCUGCGGAAGCGAAAAUUACGAGUCGCUGUCGUACUCUCGAGCUAGAUGAGGGUAAUUCUGGGACAGUUUUGGAUAUAGCAUUCUCGCCAAAUGGUAAAGAACUGGCAUCCGCAUCUGUGGCCGGUGUCAUCAGGCUCUGGACACUCAAGAGGGACAUCGACCGUACAAUCGGAAAGUAUCGGGGCAAUGCAAAUGCUGUUGCAUUUUCACCCGAUGGCAGACUGUUGGCAGCUGGAGGAGGGGGCCCCUAUUAUGUCGAAGACAAGGUCGUUAGAACCUGGGAUCCUGUUUCUGGGGCUGUGCUCCGGACACUCGACAACUACGAGUGGGUGGGUGUCGAUUAUGUCCUGUCCCUGGCAUUCUCAUCGGACGGUCGAGUGUUAGCCACUGGGGGUAGUGGUGCGGUCAGGCUCUGGGAGCCUGCCACAGGAACCAUCCGCCUCUUGCUCGGUACCUUCUUGGAGUGCAGGCACCUUGCUCUGUCACCGGAUGGUGGGCUAUUGGCAGCCACAAAGCAAUUCUUGAUUAAGCUCCUCAAUACUAGCACAGGAAUCGAGCAGCGCACUCUCGCGGGUCAUCUGAAGAACGUUCACAGUGUGACAUUCUCGCCGGACGGUAAUUUAUUGGCAUCUGGAUCUGAUGAUACAACCGUCAUACUCUGGAACCCUGCUACGGGAGUACAGUGCCGCACGCUCGAGGGACAUUCAGCGGAAGUUCGCUCGGUGGCAUUCUCGCCAGAUGGCAAACUAUUGGCAUCAGGGUCUUAUGACAAAACAGUUAAACUCUGGGACCCUGCAACAGGAGAAUUGCAUCGCACCCUCAAAAACAAUUCAACCGGCGUUCAUUGUGUGUCGUUCUCGCUGGACGGUAAACUUUUGGCAACUGGGAAUACGAAUGGCAUUAUCGAGAUUUGGGAGCUCUAG